CUCUCUUCAAAUUCCACAUUUUCCUGAAUUUUCCCAUUUGUUUUCUUUAUUACUUCUCUCUGUUUCUUGCGUACACAACAAAUAGGUGUAAGUGAGAGAAAACAUAGAGUCCUACAGAAAACAAACUCAACAGGGGUUUCUCUUUGAUUUGACUCUUUGUUUGCAAAUAUUGAAACCAAAAUGCCAAGAAACUGCCACUUUCUUCUCCUCUUUAUAUCUUGAGAUUCAACCCUUCUCUCUACUUUCUUUUUUCUCUUGUGGGUUUUCACAAUCUUUCAUCCCCUCUUGUUUUGUUUCAUUUGUAAUACAUUAAACCCCCAAUUUGUUUCUAGUAAACAGAUUCAAUUUUUGGACUCCAUUGCUCUGAAUCUAAAGUUAUUUUUCUGUAAAUAGUUUGUUGGGUAUUUAUAUAUGUAUGAAGUUUUGGAACAAUGGUAGAUGAAAACUGCAAGAAGACUAAGGUUUCUUGGCCUAAAACACUCAAGAGAUGGUUCAGCGUUAAGAGCAAAGCAGAAGAUUUCCAUGCCGAUGAUUUUAUUUCUGGAGGUGGAGAUGAAGAAUGGAGGAACAAUUUCAACGAAAGAGAAGCAUGUACGAUCAAGAAAAACAAAAGAACAGAGAAAUCAAGUAAAAAGAACACCAAUCGUCGUAGUCGAAGCAAGAUCGAUCUUGACACUACUCAAGUGAGAGACGUCGAUAAUUAUAGGAUCUUUGUAGCAACAUGGAACGUCGCUGGAAAAUCACCACCGAGUGGUUUAAAUCUUGAAGAUUGGUUACACACAUCACCUCCUGCUGACAUUUAUGUUCUUGGGUUUCAAGAAGUCGUUCCUCUAAACGCCGGAAACGUAUUAGGCACAGAAGACAACGGUCCAGCUAAAAAAUGGCUAGCACUGAUUCGAAAAACACUCAACAGUCUUCCAGGAACAAGCGGUGGAUUCCAUACCCCGUCUCCGAUUCCGGACCCGGUGGUGGAAUUGGAUUCCGACUUCGAAGGAUCAAGGCAAAAAGCCUCGUCUUUCUUCCAACGCCGUUCUUUCCAAUCAUUAAGCCGUAGCAUGAGGAUGACGGAGAGUGAAAUGUCGAUUCCGCCCCCGCAGUUCGAGCGGAGAUAUAGUGUUUGUGAUCGGGCCAUGUUUGGGAACCGACCUGGUGAUUAUGAACCGUAUUUUAGAUGGGGUGGUGGAUCUUCUGAUGAAGAUAAUGGGCCCGAUGAUUCGCCUAAUGACACACAUUACUCACAAGUUCCAUAUAGUGGAUCUUUCUCAAUGGAAGAGAAAGAUAAAUUGAUAGGAAACUCGAGGUAUUGUUUGGUUGCAAGUAAGCAAAUGGUGGGGAUUUAUCUUACUGUAUGGGUAAAAAGUGAUCUUAGGGAUGAUGUUCGUAACAUGAAAGUAUCGUGUGUUGGUAGAGGAUUAAUGGGGUACCUCGGAAACAAGGGUUCGAUUUCCAUUAGCAUGUCAUUGCACGAAACAAGUUUUUGCUUCAUAUGUACUCACUUAACUUCCGGACAAAAAGAAGGCGAUGAGCUUAGAAGAAACUCAGAUGUUAUUGAAAUUCUCAAGAAAACUCGGUUUCCAAGAGUUCAACGAAAAGGAGACGAGAAUUCUCCACAAACAAUCCUCGAUCAUGAUCGAAUUAUAUGGCUUGGCGAUUUAAAUUACCGGAUUGCCCUUUCUUACCGAGCUGCAAAGGCGCUGGUUGAGAUGCGGAACUGGAGGGCUUUGUUGGAAAAUGACCAGCUUCGGAUAGAACAAAGAAGGGGACGUGCGUUUCAGGGAUGGAAUGAAGGGAAAAUAUAUUUCCCUCCAACUUAUAAAUAUUCAAAUAAUUCAGAUCGAUAUGCCGGGGAUGAUAUGCACCCUAAAGAAAAACGAAGAACUCCCGCAUGGUGUGAUAGAAUUUUAUGGUAUGGAAGAGGACUCCAUCAAAUGUCAUAUGUUAGAGGGGAAUCAAGAUUUUCAGAUCAUAGACCUGUUUAUAGCAUUUUUUUAGCAGAAGUUGAAUCUAUAAACCGUAGCCGAAUCAAGAAAACCACAAAUGGUUCUUCACGGAUUGAGGUUGAAGAACUUUUACCUUAUUCCCGUAGAUACGAAAAUCACACAUUUUGCAUUCCUUUAACAAAUCGAAGAACACAAGUUCUGAUUUUGGGAUUCAAGCCGGAAUUUUCAGGUUUGAAGAUUCUGAAUGAAGAAGAAUAUGGGAAUUUGAUGAAGCCUCCAUGUUCUUUUAUGCUUCGGAAAAGAGUUCGUGUACGAAUGGAUGAAAAUCCAGAAGGUUCUUUUAGCUGUUUACUGAUCAGAAUGGGAUCAAGGCACCAAAAGUAGCCGGACAUGAGUGUUCAUUCUUUCGAGACUCCCAAAUCCAGAGCCGUGCACUGAAGACUUGUACAUUGUGCAUUAGAAGUUGUACAUUGCUCUUAAUUUGAAGGGCAGAAAUGGGGUUUGAAACUUUUUGUUGCUUGCUUUGAGGGGUUAAUGGUUUUAUACUGCAAAGGUGG